AAUAAAAAUAGUGAAACCAUAAAAGUACAAGUGUGAAAAAUGUGUGAAAGAGAUAAAAUUCAAGUGUGAAGAUAGUGACAGAAGUAGAUGUGGCGCGCGUGGGGCUGUAGAGGCCCAGGGGUCAAUGGUACCACUGGCGGUGUUCCUGGCACUUGGUGAGUAAUCGGCACUUUGGUUACAAAAGUGUUGAAAUAGUGAUAGAAGUAGAUGUGGCGCGCGUGGGGCUGUAGAGGCCCAGGGGUCAAUGGUACCACUGGCGGUGUUCCUGGCACUUGCUUCCAUAAUCGGCACAACCGCACCAGCUGAUCAUGGGCGCAAUUUGAGCUUUGACCACGAGCGAGGGACCAAUACUAGACUAGCACACUUACUGUAUAGUAAACACGGCAUGACACAUUAUAGAAAAAAGCGGGACACGUCAGACGACCCUCGAUGCGACCCUUUCAAGUAUGAGCCCGGCAAGCGGGCGCUCACCAACCCCAUGAACCCGGAGGACCAGGGCAAGCCGAGCGACAAGCUGACAUACUCGAACCAUACCACGUGCAUCACGACUAUAGACGGUGAGUUCAUUAACCUCACCAACCCCAUGAACCCUGAAGACCAGGGCAAGCCGAGCGACAAGCUGACAUACUCGAACCAUACCACGUGCAUCACGACUAUAGACGGUGAGUUCAUUAACCUCACCAACCCCAUGAACCCGGAGGACCAGGGCAAGCCGAGCGACAAGCUGACAUACUCGAACCAUACCACGUGCAUCACGACUAUAGACGGUGAGUACAUUAACCUCACCAACCCCAUGAACCCUGAAGACCAGGGCAAGCCGAGCGACAAGCUGACAUACUCGAACCAUACCACGUGCAUCACGACUAUAGACGGUGAGUUCAUUAACCUCACCAACCCCAUGAACCCGGAGGACCAGGGCAAGCCGCGCGACAAGCUGACAUACUCGAACCAUACCACGUGCAUCACGACUAUAGACGGUGAGUUCAUUAACCUCACCAACCCCAUGAACCCGGAGGACCAGGGCAAGCCGAGCGACAAGCUGACAUACUCGAACCAUACCAAGUGCAUCACGACUAUAGACGCCGGCGGUGGUGGACAAGUGAUAGUGCUGUCAUUCGUCGACAAAUUUCAUAUGGAAGAUCGUCCGCCAAAGUGCGAAUACGACUUUUUAGAGAUAAGAGACGGCAAAUUCGGCUACGCCCUGCCGGCGUACAAGUUCUGCGGGAACAGUUUCCCCCCCACCAUCACCUCCGCCGGCCCCUACUUGUGGCUGAAGUUCCAGUCAGACGACAGCAUAGAGUACUCCGGCUUCAAGAUUAAUAUCGAGUUCCAGCCGAAUAGCAUGAGUCGUGAUCGAGGCAGAGGCAGACCGAGAAAGAGAUGGCGGGACGACUUGGAUGCAUUCCAGCAGGAUUGGCGGGAUCUUGCUCAGCACAGGGAGGAUUGGAACACACAUAGGCAAAAAAAAUACACUGUGGGAACAGUUUCUGUCCCACCAUCACCUCCCCCCUACUUGUGGCUGACGUUCCAGGAGUACAGCAUCGAGUACUCGGGAGAAAUACCAGAAUCCUGUAUAAUAAAUAAGAAAGACGACAAGUUUGGUUGGAUCGCGUCUGAGGAUGAAGACGCGGACGCUUGUCGCAAGGAGAGCCCCACCACACUGGACAUUCAGUGGAGGAUAGAGACCCCCGCCAACACGAGGAUAUAUUUAAACUUCACUGAUUACAAGUUGUCUUUUCCCAACGAGUGUGAGGAUAACCUGGUGCAAGUUUUUGGCGCGGAACCUAAUUUUGACCACAAGCUAGCGUUCUACUGCGGUUCCGUGGCCAACCCGGUGACCACAAAGGUGGAGGACGAAGGCCUGGGCCCGAGCAACGUCAUGUACGUCAGGAUGUUUGCCACCAACAAGGCCAAGGCGUCGCGUUUCCAGGCCCAUUUCACCUCCUUCCGGACUCUGAAAGGGGAUGAGUCGUGUGACGCCACGGAGCUGGACUGCCAAGAUGGUACAUGCAUAGACUCAAGUCUGGAGUGCAAUGGCAUCGCCAAUUGCAGGCUCAAGUCGGACGAAGACCCUGAGAGCUGCAAGGAAGCGGCGCAGUCCCUGGUGAAGGAACCCCACAUCCUGGUGAUCCUGGUGAUCUUCUCCCUGAUCCUGUCCGGGAUGAGCCUGGUGUUCCUCUUCAAGUGCAUCCGGAAGCUGCACCAGGACCAUAAGUACAUCAAAGAGCACCUAGCAAAAUCCUGCGAAGACCGUCUAGACAAGCUAGCAGAGACCCAACUGACUUUAGACCCGAACCUCUUGGACCCGGAGCCCAGAGCUAGCCUAGAGCGAGAGAACCAUACCAACGAGAUGUACAAGCAGCAGAGAAACAAGCGGAAAUCAAGCAGCAUCGAAUCCGACUAUCUCCACCGCGACACCUCCCUGGACCACCACCACGACUGGUCUGAGAGCGUCCCUGUCCCAGCCGAGGACAUCAGGAUAGAGUACAAGGGGAGACCGAGACGGAGCGAUACCAGCAAGAAAGAAGAGUCACUCAGGAGCAAAGGUUCCAAGGAGGAAGAAAGAAAGGAAAUCAGAGACGCGUCGGUCGGAGCUCCUGACACCAAGGAGUCUGGAUGUCAAACUAGAGAAAGUUUGUUCCAAGUGGAUACCGCUCCUAGUUCCGAUGGAACAAACUCGUCUAACAGCCGCGGGUUCUCGACGUUCGGGUACUCGGGCGCCACCAUCGUCCGGCCUUCACCCGCGCCCGCUAACACUUCAGAGAUUACUAUAGAACUGCUAAGACAGGUCACCUCGCAGGAGUCUAUCAAACAAAAGAAAUUCGACCGUCGCCCCAUGAGCUCGGAAACCACCCGCUCCGCCCCCGACGUCAUCAUCGUCUCCAAGCCGAUUCGCUGAGGAUGACCCUCGGGGCCCCCGCCCUGGGCCCCCACCCCGCCCCCCUCCUGGGUGCUGCCCCCGCGGCACCGCCCCGAGGGCUCCCUCUACAACCACACGAAAAGCGUAUCAUUUGAAGAUUACGACGGCUAUUACAGCCAGUAUUUCGACGAAGGACCAAAGUUGAUUUAUGACUAUUGUUUAAAAAGUGACUUUUAUAAGAGAGCUAAGACACUGCCAAGGAAUCUUGGGUCUUCGGUGGAUAAAGUGUAUCCGCAGAGGUGUUUCUGUGAAACGGACUAUAGGAAGAGGAUGGUGGUUAAAGCUGACGUGGAGCCGAAUAGAUAGCAUUCGAUGAGGUUCUAGACUGAGAAUAAUAAAGCCUAGAUUCCUAAAGCAUACCUGUUAUAAGUGGA